AUUAUCGACAGCCCGACCUCGAACACCAUGGCAGAUCGAGAACACUUAGUAUACCAGGCCAAACUCGCCGAACAAGCCGAGCGAUACGAUGGACCUCGAUGGCCCAAUGGGUUUCUGGGUGCAUUCAACAUCGUGGAGGAGAGGGAGAAGCCAGGUGGACAAGACCAGGGUGCAGUUCUGGGUUCAGAAAGGAGGUAAUGGAUCCAUAUCCUGUUGGCCUUCAGACCGGAGGUUCCAACACCGGUAUAUUCUGGGGGCCUUCAGUCUGUUGGGACCUCAGCCUGCUUUCUCUAGUGAGAGGAUAGACACCUUUAACCUGACCCUCUUCCCCAAGCAGUUCUUGCAACCGCCAGAGGCUGCUGUGCUGCAAGAGUGGUUGUCUUACACGCAACAUGUGUUUGUUGGAGCAUUCAAGGGGUUGGACCAGAUGAUGACAAUGACAAAGCUGGCCUUUCAGUUUUGAGUGGAGGCUAUCUACACUUGCCUUAUCCAGCUGGCAGCAAUCGCACUGACUAUACCAGUGUCUUCCGUUAAUUGUGAGAGGGACUUCUCUGCAAUGGAACGAGUCAAAACAGACUUGAGGAACAGACUGCAGGGAGAGCAUCUAGCCGUCUGCAUGCGGCUCUGCAUCAACACCCCCCCAAUCAAGCAGCUCAAUUACAGGAGGGAGUUGGAAAUCUUUUUCCAAAAGCCCAGAAGAAUAAAGUGCUCUGACAAAGGCUGUUACCUAAGUCAGAACUAGGUUUUUGUCAGAACCAGGAAAGAGAUUUCCAACACCCUCCUUUUGUGAUGAACAUGAAUCAGGGGACUCUAAUUCAUGUUCCUCUGUUAAUUUUGUCAAUAUAAACUUUUUUAAUUCAGAAAGGUCUCUGUGUUUCUUUAGAUAGCUGCAGCACUCAACCUUAAGUUGCAUCCUGUAUACUAUAAUCAUUUUACCAAUAUGUUAUUGAGAACUUUCUAGAGGUAGGAAUAUAUUUAAGAUGGUUUGAGUGUUUUCCCCUUUGAAAUGCCACCAGAAUCAAGCUUUUCAGUACUUGUUUUGGGAGAGAGGACCCCGGAACACAUGAGAAUGAGCUAUGUGAAGAAAAUGGUGGAGUCCAUGAAGAAUGUGGCUGGCAUGGACGUGGAGCUGACGGUGGAAGAGCGGAACCUGCUGUCGGUGGCGUACAAAAACGUGAUCGGAGCCAGGAGAGCAUCCUGGAGGAUAAUCAGCAGCCUCGAACAGAAAGAAGAGAACAAAGGAGGCGAAGACAAACUAAAGAUGAUCAGGGAAUACAGGCAAACGGUGGAGACUGAGCUAAAAUCAAUCUGUAAGGACAUUCUGGAUGUACUGGACAAGCACCUCAUUCCAGCUGCAAACACGGGAGAAUCAAAGGUUUUCUACUACAAAAUGAAGGGAGACUACCACAGGUACCUGGCAGAGUUCGCCACGGGUAACGACAGGAAGGAGGCGGCGGAGAACAGUUUGGUAGCCUACAAAGCCGCGAGCGACAUCGCCAUGAUCGAGCUCCCCCCGACUCACCCCAUCCGCCUGGGACUGGCACUCAACUUCUCCGUAUUUUAUUAUGAAAUUCUCAAUUCCCCUGACCGCGCAUGCAGGUUGGCGAAGGCGGCAUUUGACGAUGCCAUUGCAGAACUGGACACGCUGAGUGAGGAGAGCUACAAGGACUCCACGCUCAUCAUGCAGUUGCUACGCGACAACCUUACAUUAUGGACUUCAGACAUGCAGGGAGAUGGUGAAGAACAGAGUAAAGAUGCACUGCAAGAUGUGGAGGAUGAGACCCAGCAGUGAGACUUUACGGCCAAUUCCCUCUCUCUUUCUCCCUCCUAUUACCUCCCCUGUCUGCCCCGCUAGCCCCAGGUCCGUGUCACAGUGAGAGCUCCCAAACUUGGCUUUUACUCCGACGUCCACUCGCUCAAUUUCUCCCCACCUCUUCUUUCUUUAAUUCUUUCUUUAUGUUCUAUCACUCUGUCUGUCAGCUCACAGCCCCUCUGUGCUUCCUAGGGCUAUCUCUUCUGGUUUUUAUUUUCUUAUAAAAGAAUCCCAUUAAAUUCACCUAUUUCAGUGGACAUAAUAUACUUCCACGUUAAAACACAAGAGAAAAUGUAAAAACUAAAGCUUCGAGCUGUUCCUGGUUGUUACCUUUUAUUGAUUUGUAUAACUCCUGUUGCAAAGCCUGUAAGGUUCACAUCGUUCCCUUUACUUUGUUUCAUUUUUCGUUUACAAUUUCGUCAACGUUCAUACAAUUAACGAGUUGAUUUUUAAAACACAAACGUUUGCUGUAACUUUUUCCAUAACUGUGAUGUCUUUGUGCUACUUUACGCUAAUCGCCUAAGCUUUUGGUCGCAAAUUAGGGAUGGUUGUGAAUUGACGGUUUUUAAAAGGGACAUUUUAAUGCCCUCUUUAUUUGUGAAUCUCUCUCUCGCGCUCUCUCUCGUUGCAAGACUCUGUUUUAUCAAUGGUGAUCGCUGAACUUCCCAUGAGUGUCUCUUUGCGAUCACCCCUCAAGUCCAGGGCAUGGACCACGCAUUUUUGUGCUCAAGAGGCUGUAGCGCUGCUUUUUUACUCAUUGCUGACGUAAGGACACGAUGGCUUGUAGCAGUUGGAGGGGGAAAACACAAGAUUCUCCCUCCCUCUGAUGUUAGGUAAAGCAGGUUUGCAUUGGCACUGUCAAAAGAAAAACAACCUUUGUUUAAAAAAAAGAAAAACCUGCUUAUUUCAUCUUGUAUCCUCAUUCUGUUCCAGAAUGUUCCCUUUCUCUCUCUCUUUCUUUCUCUCCGUCUCUGUCCUGCCCCCAUAUUUUCUCUCUUCUUCAGUAUGUGUAACUUGAAUCUGAUUUGUACUACUGGAUAUUCUGACUGGAGCACUGUCUGUAUUCUUACUGAAACACAGCAUGGAAAUUAACAUUAAACUUCAAAUUAAAAAAAGGAACUUAAAUUAAAA